AUGACAACAACUCGACGUCUGAAGACCCUUCGGCCUGCCAAGGACUUUGAGAUGGACCUUCUCGUUGAGCAAGACUCUGAGAACUACUCGGCGGUUGCUAGAUUCGACGGGACGAUGGGAACAGAACCAUUCUUUGUUCCACCACACUGGCACAAGCAUCACGAUGAAUACAUCACUGUUCUGGAAGGUCGCAUGACCGUGACACUUGAUGGGCGUGAGACAGUCUUGACUCCAGAGGCUGGAUCUAUUUUUAUUCCUCGCCGGACUGUUCACAGCUUUCGCGGAUUCCAUGGCGAAAAGACUGUAUUUGAAGAAAGGAACCAACCUGCGGGUAUUUACAAGGCACUGUUCUUCAACGAUGUGUUCCAGAUGGGAAAGUCUCCGAACUUUUGGCUGGCUGUAAGGUCGGCCAUUGACGGUGAUUUAUACGCCCAUUUGCCGCUUGGUAGCAAAUUGCUCGAUGAAUUAUUCAUCAUAGUCUUUGGAACCGUGGCGAGGUUAUUUGCUCCUGCAAAACCCAAGGCUCUCUAA